UGUGCAACUGUGUUUAAUGUUUGUCGACAAGUUGUAAGAUCGACUACUAAUUCAUCUCCGCUGUUUGCUGUCAUUACAUGUAAAAAUAAUAGAUUUAAAUUUGGCAUUUAAGUGUACUGUGGCUAUGGUGCGUGAUGGUAAUACAUAUUACCGCUCUGAAAUAUACCCCAGACCCGAGAUUUGGUAGUAGGAAUGCAAUUAAUAAUGAAGUGCCGAAGAAACAUUAUUGUAAUAAUUUUACCAAUGAUGAAUUAAACGUGGAACACCUGGACGUUUCCAAAAAUUUUUUAAUGAUGGCAAAUGCUCAAAUCCUUAUGAAAAUUACUACAGCAAGCGGGUAAAAUAUCACUUCAUUUUUUGGUUUCUGGAAAGACGUUUCGAUUGUUGGUGAAUUGCACUUGGGUGUGUGGGUCUACAGUAUCAUCGAGUAAUAUUAAUAUCUUUGAAGACUCCCAAAAUCAGUGCUGCCCAUCAUACAUAUCUAUCAACGAAAUGUAGUCGUACACGUUAUUGAUGCGCAAGGAGUGGUUUAAGUUUUUCUACUAACUUCAUAUCUUUAAGAUGGACAACGAUAGUAAUAGUGGAGUCGUGAAAAAAGCAACAAAAUCUCGAUCGCCGAAUUUCACAAGAAAUGAAAAAAAUCUUUUGUUAAAUUUAGUGCUAGUUUAUAAAAAAAUCAUCGAAUGUAAAAAAUCGGAUGCCGUCACAUGGCGCGAAAAGGAACGUUGUUGGAAAUCCAUUACGGUCCUAUUUAAUAAGCGAUCAACUGCUGGAGUCUACAGGAAGCAGCAGUCAUUAAAAAAUUGCUAUGAAAAUACUAAAAAAAAUGUACGUCUGGUAGUUUCUGAUGAAAAAGUGUCCACCAAGCGCACAGGAGGAGGGAAAGGCAAAAUGCUUGUAAACGAUCCUACGUUCGACCUCGCUUUGGCCGCCAUGAAUCCAAAAACUGUACAUGGUCUUGCACAGGAUUUUGAUUCAGAUAGUCAAACUUUAAUAAAACAAGAGGCAUCGGAAGAUCUUGCAACACCUGGUAUUUCCAUUAAUAACCUGCAACCCUUUUUCCCUUUACCAGGUCAUGACAGCGAUAGUGAUGAUAGUAAGCCAGUUGAUGAAGGAGAAACACAUCAGGAUGUUGAGCAUGUUGCUGAUAAUAAUAAUAUGAAAUGGGGUGAUUUUAAAGUUGGCAACCUGAAAAAACCAAUAAAUCGAAAACUGGUGCCUUUGUCAACAGCUGGACAAGCCACACCACCCCAAAAUUCUGUUACACUUCCUGAUGAAAAUAGAGCGAAACCGACAGAAACAUUGUCGUGGACUGCAAGACCAGCAGGCAGCAACUUGUCUUCAUCAGAUUUGGCCAAAAAAUAUGACCAGUUAGCAGAACUGAAAAUUAAGCUGACUACUUAUCAAUUGGAGGCUUUAAAAAAUGAGCACACAGUCACAGAGGAAAGGAAAGAAGAAUUGUUUGCAUUAAAAAAAAAAUCGUUAGAGUUGGAUAUAGAUAUAAAGAGGGCACUGUUACAAAAAAUUGACGAUUCUUCGGCGUCAGACCUUCUAUUAUGUCUAUUACAAGGAAAAGGAAAUUCAAUUCAGUGA